AUUUAGUUAUUAAUAAAUUGAUCUACUCCAAAAUAGCCGAAGAAACGUAGCGCGAAUAAAAAUGAGAAUAAUAUACGAUACUGAUGCCCUCAAAUUCCCACCUCUUAUUUUUCCUGUUCUCGUCUUCUCCAUCUUCUUAUUCGAAAAUUCUAUGACACAGAGAAUGGACCUCCUCACCAAAAUUCCGUCAUUCUUUCGAUCAAACAUGAACCACCAUUGUUGUAAUUAUCAUCUUCAUAAUUGUUGACAUGCCACCGCCGCCGAUCAGAAACAACCACACCAACCUUCUCCAAAACCCCAACAACAACCUCCCAACCCUACGCGAUCUCCUCCUCACGGCCCUCUCCUUCUGUUUCCUCUUCUCUUCCUCCACCACCAGAGCUACCCUCUUCUCCAAAACCCCAUUUCUUCAUUUCCCUUCCUCCCCUCGCCGCUUUCUCAAAAUCCCCAUCAUGUCCCUCCACCACUUCUCCACCCCACAGUCCCUCUCCGACUGGCUCAAGCCGCGCCUGCUCUCCGACUCUCUGGCCUCCUGGGGGGUCAAGCCCGGCACCAAAAACGUCCACAACCUCUGGCUCGAGCUCUCCGAAGGCGAAAGCUCUCUAGCCGACUCAACCCCUCCGGUUCGAACUGUUCACGUCGUCAAGGUACGGAUCAUCGACGAUAAAUUCCGGGUCUUGAUCGAAGCCCACCAAGAAUUAUCGGACGGUAGCGUCCGAAGCCGAGGCCGGCCCUUGUCGGAGAAAAUGAAACCCGGCGAGGACCCCGAAUCGGCCGCUAACCGGGCGGUUAUGGAAGAGCUCGGUUCGAUUUUAGAAGGGUCGGUGAAAGAUUCGGGACAUAGUGGCAUUCUAAAAAUUGUUCCGGGUUCGUAUGAGAAGAAGGUGGAGGAGCGUCAUUCGGCGUCGUAUCCGGGCUUACCGGCAUGCUACGUUUUGCAUUCGGUGGAUGCUUGGUUGGAUGGUUUACCAGAAGGAGAGUUUUGCACUGAGGAGGAGCAUGAGUAUGCGAAUUGCGGAGAGAUGAGUAUUGCUCACGAGGCUGUGUCUGUCAAGAAGCAUUUUUGGAAAUGGGUUAGUCUUGAUUCAGUAAGAUCUUGAUUUGGUUUUCUGAGCUUGAGCUCAAUUUCGUGACUUUUUUUAGGAUAUGAGAGGAAAAAAAAAAAAAAGGCUUCUUCCCAAAUUCACAAUGUAAUGCGGUAAUGGUAUGUUUCUAUCAAUUGUUGGGUUAGAGGAUGUAUGAUGUAGGUCUUAUUAAGAUACUUAACCUUAAAAAUCCUGUAAGAUAAUGUUAUAAGCUUUUUGGCUACAAUUUAUUGCGUAGUUCAUGUCUUUUUUGCCAUUUGAGA